UCACAACCGAAGCCGAAGCCGCCGCCGACGACGACGCCCUGCACCGCCGAACAAGCCGGAGCAACACACACACACCUCUCUAUCUCUCCGAAGCACCCGGUCCCCAACCAUGCCUUCCCGCCAACGCUACAGCCUGUGCGCCCUCGCCGCUGCCGCAAGCCUCGCCGCCACCGCCGACGCCCUGGUGGUCCCCCACGUUUCGAGGCCCCGUGGCGGACCCCUCUUCCACAAGGCCCCGAAGCACGACGUCGGCAAGGGACAGGCCGGAUCGAUCGAGGACCUUCCGGCGGACCAGAGGGAACGCAUCGAGGCCUUUGUGGAACACCAGAAGGGGGUUCCCAGGAUCGGCUUUCCGGCCGACGUUCGCUCCCUGGUCCAGUACAACCACGGGUUUGCCGUGAUGAGCACCCACAGCAAGUCGUACGUGCCGCGCCUUGCUUCGCGCCGGGGGCGGGGAAGACCUCCCUGUCCCCCUGGUUUUGGCAACCCGCCCGUCGUUCCCUCACCGGCCCGUUUCUUUUUGUGUUCUGUUGUUCUUUUUUUGCUCGGUUUUGCUCUGUGUUUUUUGCCCAUUCCCGCCCGCUGCCAAAGAAACCCCGGAUUUCCCGGCGGGAGCGUCGUGGGCUUCACCGUCGACGAAGAGGGCCGGCCCCUCUUUGUCUUCAGCGGAAUGUCCAGCCACACCCAGGACAUCCUCGCCGACCCCCGCUGCAGCCUGACGGUGGCCGACAAAAACUUCAAGGGCGCCGCCGACGGCCGUGUCAACCUCAUGGGAACCGCCGAACGCCUCCGGGACGAGGAGACCAUCGCCGCCGCACGCGAGCUCUACCUCCAGAAGCACCCGGGGGCCUUCUGGGUCAACUUUGGGGACUUUAACUGGUUCCGGAUGGAGGUCGAGUCGAUCCGCUUCGUCGGGGGCUUUGCCCGGGCGGGGUCCGUCUCCGCCGGGGACUACAAGGCCGCCAAACCCGAUCCCGUCAUGGCCUUUGGCGGCCACGUCGCCGCCCACAUGAACGACGACCACUCGGAGGCCACGAUGGCCAUGGUCCGCCACUACGUACCCGGCCUCGACGCGGAGGGCUACGUCGAGGGAGCCCUCAUCAACCGGGUGGACUCCCUGGGCAUGGACGUCACGGUCACCCGGAACCAGGCCGACGAAACGACGCUCCCCGGCCAGCCGCAGCAGUUCAAGGUCCGCCUGCCCUUUCCCGAACCGAUCACCGAACGCGGGGCCGUCAAGACGGCCAUCGUCGAGAUGACGAGGGCCUCGGCGCCGGCACCCGCCGAGUAGGCGGGGUACGCCCGCGGCCGCCGUCCGGUGGAGCCUAGAAUACUUCAGAUACAAAUUAAAAUACACAAACGCUG